AUGGCAGAGUCUCUGAAAAAUACCAAAACUCGAAAAGAUUCUGUCAUUAUUUAUCUGUUUUUGCAACGAAAAAGUCUGGAAGAAAUCGAAGGGAUCAUUCAAAAAUGGCUGGGAUUGGAUUUCAUUGAAUAUACCGAGCUCGAGUAUCGAUUUUACAAAUUUUAUGCCCGGAAGAAGGAGCUGGACCAGAUUGGAGGUGUGUUGCCAAAACUAAUUUUCAUGGAAUUUUUGGCCAUUGAGGAGAAACCCAAAAAAAUUUGUCUCACGGACUACGGAGACCAGGUGGUGUCGAAAAAACUUGUGAGAUAUUUCAGUUUGGAGGAAACUUUCCGCUUCCAUCUGGUCUGCUCCAACGCUCGUAAGCUCGUCAGUAUGGGCACGAAAAAGUUCCAAAAAAUCGAAUUCCGUCAGAAAUCUGCGAAUUGCACUUUGAAACUAGAUGAUUUCUUGAUCUCCUAUGAAAACUACCUGGAUUAUGCUAACAAUCAAUUUCCAAACAAAAGAAUCUUAAAUACAAAACUCGAUGAUCGUGGAAACAUGUAUUUGGAUGCAGCUGACGGAGUUCUAGGGAUUCUGAGGAGCUCUGAACUUCGAAUUCAUCAUCUGCUUCUAAAUUUCUCGGGAGGGACCAAUGCAAUCGAGGCAAACCGAGUAUUAGGAGAGAAACUUUCAACAUACUCGCAAGACUCCAAAAUUCGAGUCGAUCAACUUUCGAUAACCACAUUCUCUCCGGAAAUGCUCAAACCAAUUUUUGAAUAUCUGAAACCAGGAGAUCUGAAAAAAGUCCAUCUGGAAAUUCAAAAGUGUGGACGAUCGGAUUUCUAUGAGACGAAACAAUGGAAGUCCGCCAAACAGGCAAAUUUGAUUUUAUCGAAUUUGGAAGGAUUUGAAAAUGUGGAGGAUUUUGAGAAAAUUGAAAUUUCUUUAUUGUGGAGAAACUUUGAAGACGUAAAAGUGGAGCACUUGAUUGGGACCCUCAAUUCUAUAUCUGCCGCUGAAACGUUCACUAUCACAAUCUACUCAAAAUUCGACUAUGAUUUAUGGAUAAUAUUGGAUACCGUAAUCCCGGAAUUUGGAAUUUGGAGAAGAGAAAAUUCUGGAAACACACUAAAUGUCCAUUUUCUGGGGAAAUCGGUGUUUUUUAUGGCUUGA